UUGUUUUGUGUCAUAUGACAGCUUGUACUGGACACAGAUUACAGGUCUGGCUGUGCAAAAGUACUAUACAGAUCUGAUGAUGACAGGAUGGUGUUUCCCAGAAUGUACUUUGACCCAGUGGAUCAUAAUUACAUCUACAUAGCUUUGAGAAAUCAGAUUAAACGUGUUGCAGUGACUCAGUGUGGUAUGUAUGGCACUUUAAGAGACUGCAUUGGCAGCAUGGACCCUUUCUGUGGAUGGUGUGGGGUCACAAAAAGAUGCUGUUUGCAGAAGGAGUGUACAGCACCAUCUUGGAUCUCCAUUGCUAAAGAUUCUUUUCAGAAAGAGCUGAUUUCCUUUCAGGUUAUUUCUUUGAUCCCUGGAGAGAUCAAUCUGACUGUAUACCUGCACCUGGAGGCCACAGAAAGUCUUCCUUUAACAUGUACAUUCAAGGCAGGAAGUGUGGAUCUGUGUACUAGCCCAGUUGCACACUUUCCCAGCUGCUCCUGCAAUUUCCCUGAAAAGGACCUGUCUUCUGAUAGACUCAAAGUCACAGUGACAGUCAAUAUUAGUGAUCAGAUCUUCACAGACAGCCUGACACUGAGGAGCUGCCCAAAUAUCACAGAGAAUACACAAUCAGAUGCUCAGUGCACAGCCUGUGUCUCAGCUGGGUGUUAUUGGAACAACAGUGGCAUGAAGUGUACCUGGACUCCUAAAUCUGCACCAUAUGUACACAUACAGGACAUUUGCAAGCAGUCUUCCUCUGAGAAAAACAACAUGGAGGUACAAGAGCGGACGAGACCGCCGGAUAGUGAGAGUCGCACAUAUGGAGGACGCCGGCCUGGGAAAACCCCCGCCCCGCCUCGGGAAUCCCGCCUCCGCCACGAGUAGACUCCGCCGGCCGUCACGCCUCCACAAAACCCCGCACUCAUCCACUUAUAACCCAUUCACCUCACCCUAGCCACAAUAAACCACCGUUUGCGAACAUC